AUGGCGGAUGUUGACUCAACCGUCCAACAGACAUCGAUGGACCCUAAUCAGAAUUUCGGACACUACAUGAACGCGGCAGAUCAGAGCAGCAGGGAGAAUGGCGCCGCUCAGAAGAAAAAUAAGAAUGUUAAAUACCGCUUCUUAUCGCCUACAGAAUGGGCCAUCCUAGCUCGGGGAGUUGGCGGAAUCAAGGAUAUAGAGGAUAACAAACCUGUUCAUCCGACCAGUAGAUUUUGGCCCCCAAACGGCAUUCCUCAUGGCCUCUAUCGCGACUGCAUCUACCGUCGUACCAUUUCAUCCUACUCAUUUCACAUAAUCGGCUUCGUUCGUGCAAUCCUUUUUGUUCUGCAGUUGAUGAUUGGUGCUAGCAUUACAGCUCUCAGCGCUGGAGGCCAAAAUGAUACAGCCAUCACUAUUCUCGCUGCGUCCAACACAGUCAUCGCGGGGCUGCUGGCUCUGUUGCACAACAGCGGUAUUCCCGACCGAUACAGAUACGAUAAGUCCGAGUUUCAAAAGGUCGAAGAUCACAUUAGAGAAGUUCUCGCCACGGGUAUUGUACGUGCGGACCAGUCGGUCCAAGAGGCUAUCGCUAAGUGCUACGAUCGUUUCGAACACGCCAGACGAACUGUUGAAGCCAAUAUGCCCUCGGCUUAUUCCCCAAGUUCAUCAGGAACACCGCCUUCACGACGCGGAUCCCAACAACAUCAGCCACUACCGCCGAUGCCGAUGCCUAUGCCGAUACCAGCACGAGCACCGACGACAGUGGCAUCAACACCGAUACACACGAGGGCAGCAACAGAACCUAUCACACCGCCCAGGAAGAAGUCACUAAAUGCUGAAGCAGCCCACGAAGAAAAGGGUCCAACCAUCAGCAAGUCUAGCGAAUGA